AUGAUCUUUCUAUGGGCUUUCUUGGCCACGGCGGCGGCCGUGAAUGUGGAAGAGCUGGUGGGAACGUGGACGACAAAAUCGAAGCAAGUCUUUACCGGUCCGGAUUUCUACGACCCGCUGAAUGAUCGGUUCUUUGAGCCUAAUUUGACGGGUAUUUCAUACUCGUUUGAUGGCGAGGGUCACUAUGAAGAGGCCUUUUAUCGCGCUAUAGCAAAUCCCACGGAUCCAUCGUGUCCCUCAGGAAUCAUGCAGUGGCAACACGGAACCUAUACCGUCUCUGCCGAUGGAUCGAUGGUCUUGCAUCCCAUCGCCAGUGAUGGUCGACAGCUGCUCUCCCAGCCAUGCGUGCAGGACACGGCUUUCUAUACCCGAUACAACAACACGGAGAAGUUCAAGGGAUUCUCAGUCUCGGUCGACGCAUAUAACCACGUCCAACGACUGGACCUGCAGCAAUCCACCGGCGAGAUCAUGCACCCCAUGUACCUGGCAUAUCGCCCGCCCAAGAUGCUGCCCACAAACACCCUCAACCCCAUCCCAACAUCCAAGAAGAAGCGAGAACUGUCAUCAGGCCUUCAUGUCGUCAUCAAGGAGGAACUAAUCAACCCAGAUCGUUGGUGGUGGUUUGGCGUGCUGGCAACCUCACUCGGUGGAGCGGCGUUCUUCUUUUCUUAA